ACCAAAAUGUCAACAUCAACAUAACAUAACCAUAGUAUAUUUUUACAUAAAAUUCAGUCUCAGACCUUCUGAAUUUCAGCAGAUUAGACAUUGUUUCUGGUGUUUUAUAAUUUUCUAGUAAACAAUGUCAUUAAAAUCUACUACAGAUGUAGAUCCCAUAAAAAAUGAACGAACAGGUAAUGUGAGAGAAGUAGGAUCUCAAGCAAUUUGGAGUCUAUCUUCCUGUAAGCCAGGUUUUGGUGUGGACCAAUUACGCGACGACAGAGCUGACACUUAUUGGCAGUCGGAUGGGCAGUUACCACAUUUAGUUAACAUUCAGUUCCAAAGAAAAACUACUAUAAGUGAUAUAUACAUUUACACAGACUAUAAACUCGAUGAAAGUUACACACCAAGCAGGAUUUCAAUAAGAGUGGGUACGCACUUCAAUGAUAUUCAAGAAAUUGAAGUAAUAACAUUAACAGAACCUUCAGGUUGGGUUCACGUACCUAUAAAAGAUAUAAGGGAUAAACCCAUUCGUGUAUUUAUGAUACAAAUAGCAGUUACGAGUAAUCACCAGAAUGGACGAGAUACGCAUAUGCGUCAAAUCAAGAUUCAUAGUCCCAUAGAGAACCCUAGCAUACCCAUGGAAAACUACGUUAACUUUUCUACGGUCGAAUUUCAACAGCACGCAACUAUUAGGUAAUUUGUGAUGUAAUUUUAUUAUUAAAAUAUUGAUGUUAGUAAACAUAUUUUUUAAGUA